CAUAAUAUAUAUUUCAACGGAUCAUGCGGAAUUAUAUCUACUUAAACCCUAACCCCAAAUCCAUCAAAACUUUAUCCAUAAGAAAAACGUUCCAACUUACCCAAUAUUUGUUACCAUAAGGGACAACCCUAUCUUUACGACCCACCUCCCGUGGUUGCAGAAGCAAAAUUUUACCUGCCAUUGGUUUUCAAUUUGCUGCCACGGUAACGGCAGCUCGUCAAUGGUUUGUGGCAGCUUAAAAAUCAGUCGCCAUAGGUUUGGCUGUAGCGGCCAAGGUAUGGAAAUACCGCCAUGAUUUUGCUGCAGACGCCACAGAAUACUUAAAACUGCACUUGUAGCACAAUGCGCCACACCGCCUAGCUGAAAUCUUCUUUUUUUAGCAUCUUCUAUAUCUGUAUACCGGUAUGCACUUGUAUCACGAGAUAAGUCACAGAUAGCAGAGGUGUGAAUUUGGAGAUAAAAGCGGCGUGUUCCAUCUCCCUAUCUCCGAAUUAGAUAACUUUGAAAUAUUUCUGUAUCUACGAUUUUACGCCAGUUUCGAUAGUAUUGACAAUUUUCAACCUUAAAACGAUGAUGGACUCAUUGAAGGUUUGCAGCGCAUGCAAGUCUACUGUCACCAGCAAGCAAGAAGACCUCAUCUGCGACAUUUGUGUUCGGUGGUUUCACCGUAAAUGUUUCAACAAAACUGAAGUAGAAAUGUCCAGAUUGCUGAAAAGUCAGGAUGUAGAAAGUCAAUGGAAUGAUUCUUCAAAUUGUGCAGUCCCACCGGCAGAUAUUCCACGACUUGUUGAUUACUCAGACUCUGAAUGCUCAGAGAUUAGUCCGAUACCCAUGAAAGAAGAAAUCUUUGCAUUCCCUGCAGGAUGUUCCGCGGUGGUAGAGUCAUCCAUAGAGGCGUCUGGACCCAGAGACCUAUCCAGCGAAAAUGCUGAGGCUACUUUUGUGGUGGAAGGGGGCCUCAGUCAACGAAACCACCCCAAGCUGUAUGAGAGGCACGGGUAUUCUUAUACGGUGCUUCGAACUAGUCUAAACGGAAGUGUUACCUGGAGAUGUUCCGUGCGAAGAAAGGGGAAUGUAUGCCCGGCCAAGGUUUACCAAAUAGAAGAGAAUUUCAGUCGAAAUGAUUGCGAGCAUACUCACGACCCAAAACCAAACGAAUGGCCAUUCUGAACAGGGCUGUUGCGAAGCGCGGGUGGGAAAACCCAUACACGACAUGUGGGAUCAUCUAUACUGAUGUGAAAUCACAUUGAUAUCAAGCUUCUAGCAAGUGGUGUGUCAAACUUUUCUGCUGCCCGGGGCGCGUAUCUC